AAACCAUGGCUGGUAUAGUUAUUUUAGGAGUGUAUCGUUUGCAAUGGGAUGCAUACCAGCACUACCUGGGGAAACACCGGAGUGAGAGUCUCCAAAAGUCUUUCUCAUAUUCUUCAAUCUUAUUAGCCAAGUGUCGUACGGUUGCAGUAUUUUUCAAAUGGAAGCCAUCACGGUCGACAAUGAAGUAGCUCCACCGCCAGUUGUGGCCUUUUCGGGGCGCCGUCACCAACGCGCCAUGACAGCUCCAGCCGAUUUCUUUUUUUCGGUGGGAUCCUGCAGUGCCGAGGCUCUGGUAACGCCUACCACUGCACAACUCCUGGAACAGCAGCAAUCCAACCUGGUAGAAGCGGCAGUCUUGAGUGUCUUGCUGCCCGCCGUCUUGGCAUUGGCUCCUUCACCCGAAGCCAUAGCGACGAGUCUGUUGCAACAAUAUUGCGUCAUUCUUCGCGAUGAUCAUCUGGCCGACUCGAUCGAUGCCAUGGAACCUCUGAUUGCAUCCUAUAAUGAUGUCGAGGGUGGCAGAGCACCUGGAUUCUUUCUUUCCAAGCCGAAUGGAAACUUGACGGGUUGGAAGCGAUCGACGACGAUUCCUUGUUACGAUGCGCUCUGCUUGCAGCAACACGGCAGAUCCUCUUUGCCACUCCCAAACGCGACAUUCCUGGUUCAGUGCUUGCGUUUCGUCCAAGAAGCGCUGGAGCAGCGUCACACGGCCACAACUGACUCGUGUUCAUGCUUUAACAAGUAUGGUUUUCAUGAAGGCUCGGUAGCCAAAAAUAUUGUCAAUCUGGCCCUGGAGCAACUCAUGAUUCUCCAGCCUACACUGGUUUUGAAUGAAAGCAUCCAUGUCACUGAAUGGAAUGAAAAGUACAAUCACAACGCCAACGACGAGAUUACACUCCAAGAAACAAUUCACCCCGACACUCGAGUGCGAUUGCUACGCCACAGAGAUGACUAUGCUCAGGCCGCGGUGGAGACCUGUUUGGCCGCCACAAGAAGCAUAAUUUUGACCACUUGCUACUUGUUUGGCUCCGAUCCAUUUGUGCGAUACUUGCUGCUCGAUGUGCUACCCUAUUGUGUCCGCCAUCACGGUGUGACGGUGCGCAUCAUGGUCGAUCUCAUGACAAUGGAAGCUGCCAUGGUCCAGUCUGCCUUUGCAGUGGAUGAUGCAUGCCACAAUAACAAUGGACCCACAGGUGAUGUCACGGAAACAUCCUUUUUCCAGCGACUUGGUGGCGAUGCCCCAGCGGCACAGAACAAGACUCCCGCCAACAUGGUGGAGUUUUUGCAAACUCUGUUGGCACUGCAGUCCGAGUCGUACCAAGUCAGAUGGUGGUGUGCCAAGGAUGCAAACAGGGAAUACCGCAUCAAGAAUCAUUCCAAGGGCAUCAUUGUGGAUGGCCAAGUUGCUAUUAUGGGGGGAUCCAACGUGUGCCCCACAAUGGCAGCUGCCAAGACCGAAAUUGACAUGGUAGUCUGUGGAAGUGUUGUCCGAGAAAUUGCGUAUUCCACGGAGGAGCUGUGGCGGGCCAUGGAGCAAGAGGAUUCCUUGGUUUCAGAGUUUCAGGAGCCCUCAAGUCCUUUGUCCACUCGCCUCCAGCGAGUAUUGGACAAACAGGAAUGGAACACUACCCAAGACUGCGAUGCCCACUUUUUGCGGUCCAAUCCCAGCAGCGAUGGCGAAGAUUGCAUUCUUCGGGCCGUCCUUCAAGCCAUUGAAAAGGCACAGACGUCUGUUCACAUGUGCUUUGGCCAUGCGAACUUUCCCAUCCCCGUCUGUGAGCUUCUGCGGAGGGCAACGGAUCGGGGGGUCGUUGUGAAGGUAUUGGUGAAUUCCAUGUACAGUUGCGACUUACGAGGGGGGCAGCAAGAUCUUUUCAGGUCUAUCCAGACCUUGCUCCAAAUGGCCCCGAAAGUCCAAGUCUAUUCGACAUUCUUAGUCGAGCACCAGGAGGAGGGCCAAGCAACGAAGAAGCCACCUUUUAUUCAUGCAAAGUAUGUAACCAUUGAUGGCCACUGGAGUGCUGUGGGUAGUUGGAACCUGUGGCAUCGUGCGGCUUUUUAUGAGAUUGAACAUGAGCUCUUCGUGCCGAAUUCUCGAGUGCUAGCACAAGAGCUCGUUCGGAAGUUUGACGACGACCAAGCCAACGCUUGUGUCUUGGUACCAACUCCAGAAGCGUGCGGCCUCUUCUUGCCGAAAGGAUGCGUCCUGUGUCGCGGUUUUGGUCCAUUCUAUCCUUGAGGGUCGAUCCAGGCAGAGUGGCUGCUCGAUCGUUCAAAUUUUAGAUACCAGUGUGCGAUAGAUUGAGUAUUACCAUGUAUACAGCUUAGUCUAGUUCUUUAAUCCUUCACAAACAGCAAGCAUCUUCGUCCAUCGAAGUUCCCUGCUGCUUGUAUGCUGGCCAGUAUGCGAUAGAUUCAAAAUUAUACAGC